AUGAGCCUCCUCGGGAGCUACCGGAAAAAGACCAGCAACGAUGGUUAUGAAUCCUUGCAGCUGGUGGACAGUAACGGGGACCUAAGUGCGGGGAGCGGCGGGGGAGGCGGCAAACAGAGAGUGAACGCCGGGGCGGCAGCGGCGCGGAGUCCCGCCCGACAGCCUCAGGACCGCGCCAGCACCAUGGACAGCUCAGGUGCCUCGUCUCCAGACAUGGAGCCCAGCUAUGGCGGAGGUCUUUUUGACAUGGUGAAAGGAGGGGCAGGGAGGCUCUUUAGCAACCUAAAGGACAACUUGAAAGACACUCUCAAAGACACGUCUUCCAGAGUUAUACAAUCUGUUACCAGCUACACGAAGGGAGAUUUAGACUUCACUUAUGUUACCUCCAGAAUUAUUGUGAUGUCGUUUCCUCUGGACAGUGUUGACAUAGGAUUCAGGAAUCAGGUUGAUGAUAUUCGAAGCUUUCUGGAUUCCAGACAUCUUGACCACUACACGGUGUACAAUCUGUCGCCCAAGUCUUAUCGAACUGCCAAGUUUCAUAGCAGGGUCUCAGAAUGCAGUUGGCCCAUCAGGCAGGCCCCCAGCCUGCACAACCUCUUUGCUGUGUGUCGGAAUAUGUAUAACUGGCUACUGCAGAAUCCCAAAAACGUCUGUGUUGUCCACUGCUUGGAUGGACGGGCAGCAUCAUCGAUUCUGGUUGGUGCUAUGUUCAUUUUCUGUAAUCUCUACUCUACUCCUGGCCCAGCCGUUCGAUUGCUCUAUGCAAAGCGACCAGGAAUUGGACUUUCACCAUCCCACAGGAGGUACCUGGGCUACAUGUGUGACCUCUUAGCAGACAAACCCUACCGCCCUCACUUCAAGCCUCUCACAAUUAAGUCGAUCACUGUCAGUCCAGUUCCUUUUUUCAACAAACAAAGAAAUGGAUGUCGCCCUUACUGUGAUGUACUGAUUGGAGAAACCAAAAUAUAUACAACCUGUGCAGAUUUUGAACGAAUGAAGGAAUACCGUGUCCAAGAUGGAAAAAUCUUCAUUCCUUUGAGCAUCACUGUGCAAGGAGAUGUGGUUGUUUCCAUGUAUCACUUGAGGUCAACAAUUGGAAGCCGGCUACAGGCUAAGGUGACCAACACUCAAAUAUUUCAGCUUCAGUUUCAUACUGGAUUCAUUCCACUGGACACAACAGUUUUAAAGUUCACCAAGCCUGAGUUGGAUGCAUGUGAUGUACCAGAAAAAUAUCCUCAGCUAUUUCAGGUAACUCUGGAUGUAGAACUACAGCCGCACGACAAAGUGAUGGAGCUAACCCCACCGUGGGAACAUUACUGCACAAAAGAUGUCAACCCCAGCAUCCUCUUCUCUUCUCACCAGGAGCAUCAAGAUACUUUGGUCUUAGGAGGACAGGCUCCAAUAGAUAUCCCUCCAGAUAAUCCCAGACAUUUUGGGCAAGGUGGCUUCUUUUCCACUCUCUGCUGGCAAGAUCAGAAAUCAGAGAAGUCAUUCUGCGAGGAGGACCAUGCCGCCCUAGUGAAUCAGGAGAGUGAGCAGUCAGAUGAUGAACUUCUGACGCUGUCCAGCCCACACGGCAACGCCAAUGGUGACAAACCUCAUGCAGCCAGAAAGCCCAGCAAAAAGCAGCAGGAGCCAGCUGCCCCUGCACCCCCUGAGGAUGUGGAUCUUCUGGGUCUAGAAGGGUCUGCAGUGAGUAAGAACUUCUCUUCGCCGGCGGCUCCUCCCUCCAAUUCUGAACUUCUGAGUGACCUGUUUGGAGGCGGAGGUGCAGCCGGUCCCGUCCAGUCUGGACAGUCAGGGGUGGAUGAUGUGUUUCACCCGAGCGGACCUGCAUCCACCCAGUCCACACCACGCCGAUCUGCCACCUCCACCUCUGCAUCGCCAACACUGAGAGCAGGAGAAGGUGCCACCUUUGACCCAUUUGGAGCACCUUCUAAACCAUCAGGUCAAGAUUUGCUGGGUUCUUUUUUGAACACAGCCAGUGCUUCCAGUGACCCCUUUCUUCAGCCUACGAGGAGUCCUUCUCCUACAGUGCAUGCUUCUAGUACCCCUGCUGUGAACAUUCAGCCAGAUGUUUCAGGAGGCUGGGACUGGCAUACCAAACCAGGAGGUUUUGGAAUGGGAAGCAAAUCAGCUGCCACCAGCCCAACAGGCUCCUCACAUGGUACUCCCACCCAUCAAAACAAACCCCAGACUCUGGACCCUUUUGCUGACCUUGGCACAUUAGGUGGUUCUUCAUUUGCCAGCAAACCUUCCACACCAACUGGAUUGGGUGGUGGAUUUCCACCUCUCAGCUCGCCACAGAAAGCAUCUCCCCAGCCCAUGGGUGGGGGGUGGCAGCAGGGAGGGGGCUACAACUGGCAGCAGACACAGUCCAAGCCACAGUCCAGCAUGCCCCACUCCUCUCCCCAGAACCGGCCCAACUACAACGUGAGCUUCUCAUCCAUGCCUGGGGGCCAGAACGAACGUGGGAAAGCAGCAGCUAAUUUGGAGGGGAAACACAAAGCAGCUGACUUUGAAGACCUGCUCUCUGGUCAAGGUUUUAAUGCUCACAAAGACAAAAAGGGACCUCGAACAAUAGCUGAGAUGAGAAAGGAGGAAAUGGCUAAGGAGAUGGAUCCUGAGAAAUUAAAGAUUCUAGAAUGGAUUGAAGGCAAAGAGAGGAAUAUCAGAGCCCUUCUGUCCACAAUGCACACUGUGCUGUGGGCUGGGGAGACUAAGUGGAAGCCAGUUGGCAUGGCAGACCUGGUCACCCCGGAGCAGGUGAAGAAGGUGUACAGGAAGGCUGUGCUAGUGGUGCACCCGGAUAAAGCUACUGGGCAACCCUAUGAACAAUAUGCAAAGAUGAUUUUCAUGGAGCUCAAUGAUGCCUGGUCAGAAUUUGAAAAUCAAGGCCAAAAGCCCUUGUAUUAA